GUCACGUGAUCGAUCCUACACCUGUAGCCCCAGUGGCGGAAGACAGGUGAAACUACCGAUACCAGGGACCUUUGUGAAAAAACGAGACUUUCACAUUCAACCUGUAUGGCCAUGUAACUACACUUCAGAGUUCUUCUCAGCUGCUUGGACAAAGAACCAUCUCUAUGUCGACUGGAAACGGGUCAGCGUCCCGCUUCGAUCGGGUCAGAGAUAUGCCUUACUAUGACCAAGUGCCUGUGGGCUCACUGCCAUGGGGCCAGGAGAUCCCUUAUCCUCUCGGUGAAAUGCCAGCAUCCAGCUAUGACCCUUUACCACCACCUCCGCUCCCCAACAAUCCUCCGGUCGGCCCGGAUUUCUACCCCAGUGAUGCUGAAGAUCAGGUGGAUGAUGCCAUGGACAUCAAACCCAUCCGACGUUUUAUUCCCGACUCUGUGAAGAACUUCUUCAGAGGCAGUGGAAACAGUAGCAACAAGAAAUGGCCCCUUCCACCACCACCACUUGAUAAUGUGAACACGACCACUGAUGGCGUGCCGUGCUCCCCUCCACACUCGCGUCCACCGUCACCCACGGCCCCCAGCACCUACCUUGAUCCUUACGGAGGGUCUGGGGGCAGCUACGCUUCCAGAAAGGAGCAGGCGAUGUUGUUAGGGGAACCACUGGAAUCGGUUUCUGGACGCUCUUUACAGACAGCUAUGACUUACAGUGAGAAGGUGGAGGAGUACAAUCAGCGCUACGCUUACAUGAAGUCCUGGCCCGGACUUCUGCGCAUUCUGGGUUGCGUUGAGCUGCUUUUGGGGGCUGCCGUUUUUGCGUGCGUCUGCGCAUACGUGCACAAGGAUAACGAGUGGUUCAACAUGUUUGGUUACUCAAUGCAGCAGACGUAUGGAUCUUAUGGAUCAUACGGAUCUUCAAUGGGUGGGAUGUACGGAGGAUCUGGGGGUUCCUACUCCGGGCCCUUGACCCCUUUUGUGAUUGUGGUGGCUGGAUUGGCCUGGAUCAUGACUGUCAUUUUAUUAGUCUUAGGGGUGACUAUGUAUUAUCGUACCAUUCUGCUUGACUCUAGCUGGUGGCCGAUCACUGAGUGUGUGAUAAAUCUGGCAUUAGCGCUUCUAUACAUGGUAGCAGCAAUAGUGUAUGUGCGAGACACGGUUCGCGGAGGUCUCUGCUAUUUACCUCAGUUUAACGCUGGGCCCAAUGCCGGGUUUUGUCGAACUGAGUCUGGGCAGACUGCUGCUAUCAUCUUCCUGUUUAUCAACAUGCUGUUGUAUCUUGUGGGUGCAGGCGUGUGUCUGAAGCUUUGGAGACAUGAAGCUGCAAGGAUGCGAAGAGAGAGACUGGGUCAAGAUAAAAUAGGAGCAGUUCCACUCACUAUGAUGGGUCCAGGCUCCAGUGUCUCUGCCCCAGUUUACAAUGGUCCAACAAUGGGCUAUCCAGAGACGAUAGAUGGCACAGCACCUUCAGUUAUGAUGGAACCAGAGAUUUUAAGGGGUCAUAUCCCUGCUGGCCAUAUCCCCAAACCUCUGGUCAUCGCGGACUAUGUGGCGAAAUACCCCACAAUUCGCACUGAUGAGGAAAGGGAGCGCUACAAGGCAGUGUUUAAUGAUCAAUAUGCAGAAUAUAAAGAGUUACACGCUGAGGUUCAGGUGUUAACACAGAAAUUUGAGGACCUGGACAAUAUGAUAAGAAGUCUGCCACAACACCCUACCAACCCAAUGGAGCAAGAGAGAAUCAACAGCAUUGUUCAGGACUAUAACAGAAAAAAGGCUGACCCGACGUUCCUGGAAAAGAGAGACAGGUGUGAAUAUCUAAAGAACAAACUGGCUCACAUAAAGCAGAAAAUUCAGGAGUAUGACAAAGUCAUGGACUGGAAUGAUGGUUACAGUUAGACCGAACUUCUGCAUUUCAUUCAUCACGGACGUCAGGUGUGGUCUGGAAAGAGUAAAUCUUAUUGUGACUUCAGCCAAUAUCAAAGAUGAAUAUUGUUUUUGCAUUUCUUUUUAGAAUUGCAACGCAUCUCAUGUUGUUUGUAUUAAAACAAAAAUUUAACAUUGCUUUGCUGUGAAUUUCAAUGAUGGACAUUUACUGCUGAAAAGGGUUAUCUGAUGACAAAUUAAAUGUUAUUUUCUUUUUACUAGAAUGUUUAAUGAAACAACAUCAGCUUUCUUCAUGUAUGUUUUUAAAUGUGCUCUUCACACUUCUUUGAAUUUUUAAAGUAGGAAAUUUGAAGAAAUUGUAAUGAAUCUUUGAGCUUGUAAUGAAUGUAGCUGGGUGAAGAAGAAUACAAUGUUUGUUGUUGUUUGUUCAAAAGCUGAUAGAUACAUUUGUAAUGGUCCUGAAAUGUUUAAAAUAUUUGUCGUUUUUAGUUUAGGAUGUUCUGUAGUGUAGAUUAUUGUUGCCUAUUUUAUACAUAUCAUGUACAUUUUAUAUUUUGUAUCACUCUACUUUUAGAUCUGAAUUUGAUACUUUGUUAUAAAUGUAUUACGAAGACAAAAAAUAAAUGGGCCUACCUCCAUA